UAUGUUCUAGAUGUAAUUUUAUGUGAUAAUGGCAGACAUGGUCUAUGGUUUUGGGAGAUGGAGAUGACGGCUGAGGUCAAACCAUCACCUUUUACAUCAAACCUGAACGAUGCAACUCUAGCAGUGGACUGGCCAACUGGAGGAGUUAUACUUGGACUCAUUACUAAGGUUUCCAUCCAACGUUUUUACGACCUGACGGAUCGACUCGACAAGACCCAAAUAUGGCUGGUGUGCAGAAAAAACAAAAUGAGGCACUGAGGAUUGUUCUGGUUGGGAAGACUGGAGUUGGGAAGAGUGCAACAGCAAACACCAUCCUGGGGAAAAAAGUGUUUGAGUCUAAACUUUCCCCUGUUUCUCUGACAAAAGAGUGUGACAAGGCAAGAGGGGAGGUGGAUGGGAGAGAAGUGGCUAUUGUUGACACUCCAGGCUUGUUUGACACUAACUUGUCACAAGAGGAGACCCUGAAGAAGAUUGCUAAGUGCAUCUCCUUAUCUGCUCCUGGGCCCCAUGUGUUCCUUGUAGUGAUUGCGUUGGUUAGAUUCACACAGGAAGAGAAAGACGCAGUGGAGAUGAUUCAGACAUUCUUUGGAAAAGAUGCAGCAAGAUACAUCAUGGUUCUCUUCACAAAUGCAGACCAGCUUGAAGAACAAACAAUUGAAGACUUUUUGCGUGCCUCUUCAGAUCUUCAGGAUGUCAUUGCCAAAUGCGGUGGGCGGUAUCAUGACUUCAACAACAAGGAUAAGAAGAACCGCUCCCAGGUCACUGAGCUGCUUGAGAAGAUAAACAAGAUGGUCACGAUGAAUGGAGGAAGCCACUACACCACUGAGAUGUUCCAAAAGGCUGAGAGGGCGAUUGAAGAGGAGAUGAAGAGGAUCUUGAGAGAGAAGGAAGAGGAGACACUCAGAGCGGAGGAAGAACUAAAAGCAAAAUAUGAAGGAGAGUUCCUAAAGGAACAACAAGCCAUCCUAAGUGCAGUCACCUUGGAAUCAGCCAGAGGUUCAGCUGAAAGAGAAAACAACUUCACAAAAAAUCCUCUGCGCUUUUUGAGCUCUUUGUGUAGUAUCCUCUGAGGUGGUGUCAUCAGAAAAAAAACAAAUAACUGUGGGAUGGCAUUAGGCAUGUGACAAUAGAACAAGACAUGAAGUACUGAAGACUGGGGGAAAAAGCACCACGAUACUAUACUGCAAAAUCACAUGACUUUUCAUUUAUGAUAAAGUGGCAUGGAAAAUAAUAUUAGGAUAGGACUUGAUUUGCCCUCGAUGACAAGUGAACUCAUACAAUUGGCUUACAAUCAUACCAUUGAGUGACCUGCUUUAAAUGCUGAAGCUAACGGAAUCUGCUAACCCAACUUAAAAUAUCUGAAGUAUAUCAUUGUUUUCCAUCAUCCUGUGUAACAGGUAACAAACACACAGACGACUGUAAUGGCAGAGAGAAAGAACCUGAAUAAUCAUGAGUGUAAUGAUACUUUGAGGUGUAUUUUAUAUAUUGAUCUUGAGAUUGGGACUUACUCCGAGAAUUCGGUAUUAAAGCUAUUGCUUCAACUGCACCUAGGACUCAAGUCUUAAACAUGUUUGUGUUUAUAGAAUAAUUGUACUACUGCGUUCACCUAUACAAUCCCUAUUAGAUCAGUGAUUACUACAAGGAAGGAAUGCAUUUUAUUGUUUAGAAGGAAGAACCCAGGACUGGAGUAUCACUUUAAGAUCAGGAAAUUAGGCAAAAGGGUGUGUGUCAUUAGGCUGUCACCAGACCGGUAAUGCAGGCCUUUUUGGCAGAGAUCAAAGAUGGUUUUGAUUAGAGCAGGGAUGGGCAACUUCAGUCCACGCUGGCCAGAGUGGUGUCACACUUUCCCCCCAUACCUAGCAAACACAGCUGACUCAACUAAUUGCAUUCUAAACUGAAGAUAAUGUUUAGUUAAUUAUUGGAGUCAGGUGUGUUAGCUGGGUUGAAAAUGUCAUACUUUUCAUGCCCCAGAGUAGUGGAGUUGCCCAUCCCUGGACUAGAGGGAGUACAGCAACAACCAUAAGUGAUUUUUAUUUUGUAGCAGGUGAGGAGAAUUUAUGCAGAAGGUUAGGAUAAUUAAUGGGACAGGUUAGGAGACAUUUACAUUUAAACAUUACAUUUAGACUUUAGGUUAAGGAUAGGAAAGGGGUUAGGGUUGGCUAAAAUGCUCUCCUAACCUGCUACGAAAAGUCCCUUCUGGUCGUAGCUGUACUGUUUCUAGUCAUAACCAUCAAAGAUUGGCAUCCUAGAGAGGGGAAGGCACAGAGAUCCUGUAUAUAUAUGUUCUAGAUGUAAUUUUAUGUGAUAAUGGCAGACAUGGUCUAUGGUUUUGGGAGAUGGAGAUGACGGCUGAGGUCAAACCAUCACCUUUUACAUCAAACCUGAACGAUGCAACUCUAGCAGUGGACUGGCCAACUGGAGGAGUUAUACUUGGACUCAUUACUAAGGUUUCCAUCCAACCUUUUUACGUGAGUAAAGUACAUGUUAGAUAAAAAAUGUCACCACAGGCCUGAUGGAAACUUUCCAAAUAUCGACAAAACAAUAUACGCUAGAUAGACAAGGUGGGAUCUUUUUGUGUCUGCAAAAAUGUCUUAUGUGAAAAUGGCAGUGAAAGUCUAUGCGCAAAUAUUAGUAUAAUAACCAUGAUAUCGAAAUAAACUCGGAGUCACGCAAUGUUGUCUGGUCUUCCAACUACGACUUGGGAAAGCAAGCAGUUUAUUAGGCUACAAUUUAAAUAAAUUAUGAACUUCACAGGGUGGAGAAAGUGCAUUGUGAUGAGCUUGAUGCUCCUUUCAAAUAAAUAUAGAGGGUCUUAUUCUGGUAAUGUGAUGAUGAAUGCUUGGCUGUUUGUCAAAUAAAAAUAAUUGAGCUCUUCUCAAUAAUGAUGUCAUCAUGUAGGCUAUACCUGCACUGUAUGAUGUGGGCUAGAGUGCACAUGCCACGACCAGAGUGGGCACAUUCUCUAUAUAACGUAACACUUGUUUUGUCAAAACCAUCAGUAAAGUUGAAAAUGCAAUGGAAACCAGUUUUACUUGUACAGAACAAAAAUAUGAACACAACAUGUAAAGUGUUGGUCCCAUGUUUCAUGAGCUGAAAUAAAAGAUCCCAGAAAUGUUC